UUGAUACGAUUUCGAUAAUUUGCAUACAAAAAAGUAAUACUUGUAAACAUUAAUAUUCUUGCUAUUAAACUCUAUAUGUUCUUGGCUGUUUGUUUGUAUAUAAGUAAAUGAAUGCAUUAAUAAAUUAUACAGAAGCAUUUAAUGGUCUAAAAUCAAUAUGAAAAUGUGAAUAUUUCUAUGAAAUGUAUAUCAAUGGAGUAGAAUAUGGACAAAGGAAUUGUAAAUUUAUAUUAAAACAUUAUAAAAAUAAAAAGGAAACAGUAAUAUGCCUAUGCCAUGCGUUGUUAGAGAUAUGGACAUGCACAUAGAGAUGGGGCUGACUUAUACAAUCUUUCAAACUUGCUACAUAUCUGUAAUCUGUUUUUGAGAAUUGCCUAACUUAUACUUUUAAUAUCAAUUGAAAUCUUUGUUAAAAAACCUUAUAUUUUGUAAUGUUAACAAUGCAACUAGAACUUCACACGAAUACAACAUUCUACAAUAAGGCUUUUCCUUCUUUUGGAGAACCAAAAAUUAUAGGGUAUAUCGGUUACGAAAAUUUAAUGUUUGCGAGAACUAUAGAAAACAAAGAAGUCAAAUUUGAUUUGGAUUUUCUAAGAGACAAAGCUGUGCUUAAGCCUCAAUGUUUAGAUGUUAAAUUAAACAACCUUUUAAAGUUUUUAUUGGAGAAUGAAUUGCGGUUGAAGUUAUGUUUAAAUUAUUUGAUAGAUAAAGCACAGUUUUUCUGCUACAGAGGAUUAAUGACAUGUAUUGCAUGUACUCCAUAUGAAAAAAAAGAUGGAUGGAGAUUGGUUGCAAUUCUUUUUAAAGGCAACAUAUAUUUAUGUCAAAGAGAUACAGAAGAGAAGCAAAAAAACAAACAAAACUUUACAGAAAAGGAGCAAAAAUUUACAUCAUGGGGAUUUAAAUUUGAGCAAUAUCUUCUAUCAGAAAGUCCUCAUGCCGAGCCUACCCCUCACUUACCUCUUGAUGAAAAUAAAGAGUUUUCUUUGAUAUUUAAAACACAUCUAAACAAUCAUAGUAUAAUAUAUGGUGCUGAAAUGGAUGGCAUUAGAUGUGAUAAAACUAGUGUAGCAUCACCUCCGGACAUAAAAGAUGAAAAGGAUAAUAUUAUAAACUACUUGUCUAAUAAGGAGUUUAUAGAAUUAAAAACUAGCAGACAUAUUGAAUUUCCCCAUCAAGAAAACAAUUUUAGGAAGUUCAAGACAAAGAGAUGGUGGUGUCAGUCAUUUCUGGCCGGUGUUGACACAAUUCUAUGUGGAUUUAGAAAUGAUAAUGGUAUUGUUGAAGAAUUAAAAGUAUAUAAAUUAGAUGAUCUACCAAAAAUGUCACGGAAAUUCUGGGAUCCAAAUGUCUGCUUUAAUUUCUUAGAAAACUUUUUAACAUAUGUCAAAAGAUGUUUGAAAAGGGAAAUACGUCACAAGUAUGGAGAAAAUGCACUACACAAAAUACAUUCACUGCCUUUGACCAGUUUGCACUUUGAAUGGGAGCCCGGUACACCAGUUCGAGUUACAGACAAUUAUGUACAUGAAGAUGAUCCCAUACUGCACAGUUGGUUUACUGAAAAUUUUAUGACCUAUAGAUAUGACGAAUGACCUAUUAUAUGAAGCAUGCCGAAUUGUAGGAUUUGUUGUAAGAAUUAAUGUUAUGUAAUAAUUAAUACAGUAAGUAUUUUAAUCUUUUUGAGACCAUAUUUGUUUAUGUUUCGUUUUUCUAAUGGUAAAUAAGGUUCAGAAACAAUUAUACAGUUAGAAGAGGCAUCUUUUGAAUUACUUCUUUGUUUCUUAAUUUGUAUAAUCUAGGCUAGGUCUAGCGAGGAGGGGGGGGGGGCAGAUGCCAUAUGAUAUUAUUAGAAGCAGUUUAUAUCAUUGUUACAUUUUUCGAUUUUCUAGGGGCUUGUUCGCCACGGGAUACCUGCCCCCCCUCCCCGUGGUGUCGGCAAUGAUAUAUAAUUACUCCCUUAUUCUAUGUAAACUGAUUAUUUUACCAAUUAACGUCCACUAUUAAAGCGUUACAUUAGUUAAGUGAUUUUAAUUGAUUAUUUUUUAGAAAUAUUUUGAUACUGUUAUUAUGGUGUUUUAGAAAAUAUAUUUUUCUUAUCAAUA